AUGACAUUGAGGCCGCCGCAGCAGAUGAGAGGCAUGUCUUUGAAGAUUCGUUUAAGGGCGUUCAUGCUAACCCCCUCUAGUGGAUACCCCUUGAUGAAUCUCAUUUACGAACACUGGGGUCACGCCCCGACCUCUGCCUACUUCCUGUUCAUCACCCCGGUCGGAUUCAUCGGGGGUAGCGGAACCCUCCUUACCUAUGCCAGCCAGAUCGCAGCCUUCGCUCGAGAUGGGGGGUUUCCCUGGCAUGAACGCGUGGCCUACGUGCAUCCCCGGCUCAACCUCCCCAUCUAUUCGCUCGCCAUCCUAGGAAUCGGCACCUUUCUGGUCCUCAUAAUCGCCCUCUCCCCGGCAGCCAGCUCCAUCAUCUACUCUCUGUCCGUAGUGACUGGUCUCAUAACCUUUAUUGUACCAAUCUUCUUCCGUAUUUUCGCCGGCGACCGAUGGGUGCCGGGCCCCUGGAAUCUCGGCCGCUGGAGUAUCCCCAUUCACAUUGCGGCCGUAGUCACGCAGAUGUAUCUGAUUAUCAUGGAGUGCUUCCCCACAGCACGAGCGUGGACUGUGGAAACCUUUAAUUAUAAUUUUGCACUGACCGUCGGGGCAAUGUUGAUUUCCUGCGGGUUAUACUGGAGUGUGGGGAGGAGGAAUUUCAAGGGACUGGAUCUGGAGGCUUUGGAGGCGUGGAGGAGGCAUCACGCUGCGUAUGCGGAGUAA